AAUGCCUGAGGACAACUUCAAACAUCACAAAGGUCUUCUGCUACUUUGUAAAGCAGCUGAAGUAAUUAGGCUAAAAGAGAAAAAUGAGUGGAAUAAAACAAAGUCGAAAAAUUUCGGUAGCAACUCAAGUGUUAGCUCGUCAUCGGAUGAUGAAUCAAUGGAAGACGUUGAUUUCAGCGUCAAAGUUUCAAUUGUGGAGCAUUCAUUGGAAAACGAGCAACUGGAAGAAGGGAAAACUUUACCAUCGAAGCCAAAUGACCAUGAAGAGAAGGUUGAGUUGGAAGCAACUGAGGGGACUACCGAAAUUGCUUUAACUUCAGAUUCAGCUAUGGAAAUGGGACACGACGAAAUUGAACGAAGCGAAGAAGUUAAAGAGGAAUUAAGUCUGGAAUUGGUGAAUGAAGGUGAAGAAGUAACUCAAUCAGAGUCUUUAGAGAAAGAAUUCAAAAACCAUUCGGACACGGAUGAUUUGAACAAAAAAUUAUCUGAGAAUUCCUCACAAUCGGACGUCAUUGUGAAGAAUUUGCCAGAAAAUUCUGCAGCUAAUACACAAGCGUUUUGUGGCAAAGUUGAUAUUGAGAGUCAACAAAACGAGAACGAGAGACAAGAAGAAGUUAAUAUGAUAGAGAACAGGAACAAUGAAGAAGGAGUUGAGGAGGAAAAACGAGAACCAGAGAAAGAGAACGACAAUAAGGAUGAAAAGCCAAAUACGAACGAAAAUUUCGAUAAAAGUACGCAUCAAACUGAAGAUAACAUGGAGGGAAAUAAAAAACAAGAGACUGAUGAUAAUAAUGAUCACUUAACAGAAAUGGAGGAUGAUACGAUGUUACUGGAAACCAAUAGAAAAAUUGAAGAGCAUACAGUUUCAAAUGAAAUUGAAAACAACUUGAAAUGUAACUCACAGGAGAUUCUCGAGUCAUCAAAAAGUGAUGAAUCAUAUAAUACUAAUAAUGAAAAUAUAAUCAUUCAUGAGUUAGGUGUAAAUAUUACCCAGGAGGAACAAACGGAACAAAGGAAAUUAGACUUUGAGAGUAUUGAAAUUCUACCUUCUAGGAUUGAAGAAGAAAUGGAGACAGAAACGACAAACGAAUUGCAAAACGUAUCCGCCCAAAAUGAUCAGGACGAAAGUAAAUGUAGAUUAGAAUCAUCAAUUGAGAAUGAAGAAUUUUCUAACACAAUGAAUUCUAAUAACAAUGAAGUAACUUCAAAAAAUAUAAAAAUGUCAUGUUGUCUAGAGAAAGUUAAAGAUCCUUUACCAGAAGAUCCGAGAGAAAUUUGCAUCAUGGAGAGCGAGAAAAAAGAAGACAUAGGUAUCAUAAGUGACAUGGAGGAGAAAAUGGAAGAGAUUAAUGAAAGUAGGAUAUGUGAAACAGCUGCUGAAGAACAAGCUGGACAUAUAGAAAACGAUGCGGGCGACGUUUUGUCUGAAGAACAAGAGUUAGAUGUUGAAAAGGUAUCAGAAGUAGAAGAAAUGAAAAAAUGUGAAGGGAAAAUCUCAACAGAUUCAAAGAUGAACUCUGAACUGCAGUCAGAAACGGAAGUUGUCAACGAGAUGGAAGCAGCAGAUAAGGUGGAACUUUCGAAAGAAUCAGAGAUGAAGAAUGUUGAAGAAAUUUCUGUCGAAACUUUGAGAGAGCCAGAAAUUAAUAUUGAAACAAUUCCACAAAUGGAAAUUGUCACUGAGCAAAAUGUAGAGCUUCCAAAAGAACAAGAAAGAAAUAAUAAGGAGGUAUUAAUCGCUAAGUUUGAUCAAGGGAAAAAUGAGGCAGCGCCAAGUAACAACCAGUUGGGAAAGAGAGAGGCGGGAAGUGAGGUCAAGCAUAGCUUUAAAAAAGAGCAAAGAUCAAAUGAACUGCCUCAGCAAAAAAAGAAAGCAAAUGAAAAGCUUGUAAAUCUAACUGUUAAGGAGCCGCCAUUGUUGGAGUUGGGAAAGAGAGUAAAAAUCGAAAUGGAGGAGACAGAUAAAAUAGUUGAAAUUGAAAUGAAAGAUGUUGAAAGGUCUCGAGAGCCUCUAAAGAAAAGAAAACAAUCUGAGCCAAAGGAGAAUGUAAAGCGAGUUGGUGAGAGAAGAGCAAGGCGAAGGGAUACUACCAAAUCUAAAGCUGAGAGUCAACGCACGAGAAAACAGGACAGUAAAACGAAGGAGAAAAAGAAACCACAGGAAAAAGCUCAAGUGGUCUUAGCCACAUGUGAAAAAGAAAAGGAAGUAAUAGUCGAAAGACAGAAACCUGAGAAGAGGAAAUCCAGAGCAGAAGGAAAGAAGAAGACAAGUCGAGGUAAAAGUGAGAAUGCAAAAUCUAAAUUAAAAAAAGAAACUUCUCAAUCUCAUACAACUAGUGAAGAGUAUGAUAUAGAAUUUAUAAUAGACGAAAUGGAGAAAGUCAAACAGAAAGUGAGUUCAGGUAGAGCCAGUUGGGAAGAGGUUCUCUCCUACCGAAUGUUUGAUAGGCGACCUUGGAAAAUGGAUGAAAUAUAUUGUCACUUACGCUAUGACCUAGAUAUACAUAGUGAAAAUACAGUUUUUCUGGAAAAAGUGCGAAUCUCACUACAACAGGCCCUAAAAAAAUGGAAAUAUUCAAAUCAGGUUGUUGACAAUGUACUCAUAUAUUAUGAAGAAUGUCUGUCUGCUCAAUUACUGUCAGUGGACGAAAUUAUCUAUUUGUUGAAGAGGCGUAAACCAGUCGUAUAUGAUAGAAGACGUUUUCUAUUUCAACGGGAAAUGUUCAUCGUCAGAUCUUGUUUGGAGAACAUAACCAGCACGGAUAAGAAUGUUAUAGAACAAAACAGAGACAUUUGCUAUUAUUUUUUAUAUGUUCAAGCAUCAAGAUUUCUAUCUACUUUAGUAAGGAGAACCCAAACGGUAGUUGAAGCUUUCCUGAAAUUCUCUUCCAUGGUGAAAACGCCAUCUUGUGUCCGCUAG